GGUAAGACAGCUCAGGGGGAAACAGCAAAAAGUGCGUCUCCAUACAAGAAUGAACAUACAAGUACUGAAAGAAUAACACCUGCUGAAAUUUCACUCUUCCUGUUCUCAGAGCUAAUCAGGGUGGAGAAAAUGGAAUUGGCUAUCGAACCCCAAAAUUAAACGUGGCGUACGUUUUCUCACAUUUCUUUUCACUUUUAUCGUACUUAACCACUCUGCACACUCCCCCCGACACGGAUUCCCCAGCACUGCAAGAAUCCAAGUUUCAUGAGGUUCCUUCUUUUUCAAGAAAGACUUUUUGUCGCAAUUCGACAGAAGGUCGACACUUAAACAGAAAUGAAAUAGUCUGAAGAUGGAUACACAUAUAUAUUUGACAAUGCAUGGUUGCACAGCGUGCACUGUUGACGGCUCCUGUCUCUAGCCUUGCUCUCAACUGUCGCUACUGUGACAGACAGACGCGGACGCGAGUGAUACAUUUUCCCUCAGCUGAUGCCCAGCACAGUCGCCACACGGUUGCGCGUCUCUCUCCCUCAGCGGGUAAGUCUACUCCCGGGCCUGACCCCGCCGCCUGCCGGCCUCUGCGGCGGACUCGCCAGAUUUCAGUGAAUGGACGCCCAGCCGCUCCUGCUGUCGCUGGUGGUGGUGGUGGAGGAAGGAGGAGGAGGAAGAGAUACCUCUCUUCUCCUUCCGUGUGUUCCUGGAGUUCAGCCCCGCGCUCUGAUUACCUCGUACGCUCACUCGGCACGUUUCUGUGUUCACCCCCGCCCCGGUCUUCCUAGAAAAAAGAGUCAAUUAUAACCCCCGCCCCCCUCCCUACACACACACACACCUCCCCUCCCUCUCAACCUCAAUCUCUCUCUCUCUCUCUUUGCUCCACCACAACAACCAAUAUACCACUUCCUCCUCAUGCAGUGCAGUCCCGGGCCCCGGCGAACCGUGUCCAGCCAUGUCGGCUGCUGGCGGCGAUGACAGAGCCGCAGGAGAGCAGACAGAGGAUGUGUUGGCCGAAGAAAGCCAAGGUCUCUCUGUGCCCCUGUCCAGCUUGAUGCCCCCGGCUCCAGCCACUGGCGUGUCCUCCGGCUCCCCUGUAUCCAGCAUGGACCUGCCCCGGAAGCGGAAAGGAAGCACUGACAACCUGGAUCCUGUUGAUGUCGAUAUGGAGGAUGAACAAGACAGAGCUGAGGGAGAUGACCUGCAAGUAAAAGUGAAGUGUUUUAGAGAGCCGCACAGCCAAAUCGAGAAGAGGAGGAGGGACAAAAUGAACAACCUUAUUGACGAGCUAUCUGCCAUGAUCCCGCCCUGUAACCCCGUGUCUCGCAAGCUAGACAAGCUCACUGUGCUGAGGAUGGCCGUGCAGCACUUGAAAUCACUGAAAGGUGCCACCAGCUCUUUUGCUGAAGCCAGUUACAAGCCUUCAUUCCUGCCUGAUGACGAGCUCAAACAUCUAGUACUCAGGGCUGCGGACGGCUUCCUGUUUGUUGUGGGGUGCGAUCGGGGAAAAAUUCUUUUUGUGUCGGAGUCGGUUUCCAAGAUACUGAACUACAGUCGGGCUGAAUUGAUCGGACAAAGUCUUUUUGACUAUGUGCACCCCAAGGAUAUUGCCAAGGUCAAGGAGCAGCUUUCUGCUUCCGAGGUUUUCCCUCGGGAAAGGCUAAUCGAUGCCAAAACUGGGUUACAGGUGCAGACGGACAUCCCAGUAGGUACAGCUCGCCUGUGCUCGGGAGCUCGCCGGUCCUUCUUCUGCCGAAUGAAGUAUAACAGGGUGGUGGUGAAGACAGAAGACAAAGACUUCAAGCCGAGUACUUCCAAGAAGAAAGAGUUUCAGAGGUACUGCACUGUUCACUGCACUGGCUACAUGCGGAGCUGGCCGGCCAGCCAGGUGGGGGUGGAGAGCGAUUCAGAGAAGGCGAGCAAUAACUUCAGCUGCCUUGUGGCCAUAGGACGCCUGCACCCUCACACACUCCCCCCAGCCAACGGGGAAGUCAAGGUCAAGCCCACAGAAUUCGUGAUGCGCUGCGCCGUGGAUGGGAAAUUCACCUUUGUGGACCAGAGGGCAACCACCGUUCUGGGUUAUUUACCACAGGAGCUUUUAGGGACAUCUUGUUACGAGUACUUCCAUCAAGAUGACCUGGUACAUUUAGCAGACAGACACAGAAAAGUUCUCCGGAGUAAAGAGAAGAUUGAAACAAAUUGCUACAAGUUUAAAACGAAAUACGGCUCUUUCGUCACACUGCAGAGCCAGUGGUUUAGUUUUGUAAAUCCGUGGACCAAAGAAGUAGAAUAUAUAGUGUCAACUAACACGGUCAUAUCGGGUGCACACAGUAGUCCUAGAGACUCCGAUGACAAACUGGAGCAGCCCAGCGAUUCCAAGUCAACAGAAGAAGUAUCCAAGAAGUCUUUCCCAAUAAUCCCAGGGAUUUCCAGUGGGCCAGGAACUAUGAUUUAUGCUGGAAGUAUAGGGACCCAAAUUGCAAACGAGCUGCUAGAUUUUAAUAGGUUAAACUCCUCUCCGUCUAGUGGAAAUGCAAGCCCUUUUAGUUUACUGCAAGACAAAUCUCCCCUUGCUGUACCUCCAGCCAGUAACGUGCCAAACGGAGAGGUGGUUGAUUCGGAGGUCCCUCACAAGCCCAGCCAAGAAGGUGAAAGUGGGGGUGACAGCGCCCAACUGGACCUGGACAUGGUGGUCGGGCCCGGCUUGGGUAGCCUUAGCAACGAUGAAGCAGCCAUGGCUGUCAUCAUGAGCCUUUUAGAGACUGAAGGAAACCUUGGGGAAGCCGUGGACUUCAACGAAAUGCAUUGGUCUCUCUAGACUUGAUUUUUACUCGUCUUUUUUAAAUAUCUUUUCUAGUGACCCUGGUCACCCAGUAUGGCAGGACGCUAUGGAGGAACAUGCAGUGUAGAGCCACAGAGAUGCGUUAUUCGCUGCCUGACUUAGUGGAGUAAAUGUUUUUAUAAAAACUACACUUAUUAUCCUUGAUCCCUCGUGAAGUGUUGUGGAAGGGUGAUCCAUCCUAACAGGCAGCGCUGAAGCUUCCAGGUGAAUGAAGAGUUCGGACAGGGACCGUCAAUUCUAGUCCUUAACGUCAACAGCUGCAAGCAUUUCUCCCCAUCACUGUUUCUCGUCAGAGCUGCAGAUGUAGAGUUAGCGUUGAAUUCCAUGUCUGAAGCUGAAGAAAUCACUGGGAAUCUUCACUAGAACGUACUGGCAUUCAGUGAAGUUUACAAAGAUGUACAGUAGUUGAUAAAAAAACCAUAGUGCAUUAAACAACAGUUAUUAAGCUCAUAUUCUGGAAUAGCACUGCUUUUGAAUCCCCGUUUCUUUUAAAUGAUGAUAAGAGGACGUUGUGAACCCAAGUUGUUUCGGUUGUAUCAUUUUUCUGACCUUCUUUAUGAUCCAUCCCGGUUAACGGAGUUUAUUUAUCGUGUUUCCAUGUACUGUACGUGCGGACAUUUUACUGCAAGGCACAUGAGGGCUCGUGACAAAAACUUGUCUGGAAAUAAUAGUUAUAACAUUACCGAUACAUUAGCCACCUGCCUCCAGCUGAGAUUAAUGUUUUUACACCAUAAAGCAGCUGCUGAAGACUGUGGCCGCCUGCCGCCAGGGGGAGCUGGACACAAGCCGUGAAGAUGAUGUAUUUUUUCACGCAGGUGGUGUUAGGGGAGUUCACAAAGGUGUGGCCAUUGUAUAUUUCUUUUGUACUUCCCCAAAAUUACUUCAGUGAAGGCUGUCCAGAGCUGUGUGAAUAUGGCAGCAGUGUGAUCAAUCCUGCAGCACCACGCACCGUUCACUUGGUUAGAACCCUGAAUGUGCAUUUAAUGAUAUGCAAAGCCAAAACAACAGUUCUGUGAAUAACUCAAUAGCACAGAGGUCUCUACACAUUGUCCUUUUUUAACAGUGCUGUAAUUGCUGUAGAAGAUAACAGAAGGACGUGGAAGCCAGUGAUGUUGAGAUUUUGCAAACGGGUUCAUUACAACUGUAAAGAACAUGCUAGUUUUACAUUCAUACUGCAGAUCUGGGUAUAACUCAGGAAACCAAUAUGAGCAGUGAUAAUAGCUACACUUGUGUUAUACUUCGACGUCUGCUGACACGUGCACGCUUGUGGUAUAGUUCACGUCUUUUGUUUAUUCUGAUUUGCGAGCAGCGUUUCUAGCGUCACAGGCUUUCUGUUGUGUGGUACAGUUGGGUUUGGAGACUGCUCGGAUCCUGGUUCGGGCUCCAGGUUCAGAGAUUGCAUGAACUCCGCUUUCACACGGAUCUGUUCACACAAUCCAAGUACCUGAUGCACUGAAAAAGUCUUGUUUGGGAUGACAGAUAUCCCAAGAUACGCAGGUAUGCAAGCAAGUCCUGGAGAGCUCUGGUCCAUUAAGUCUUAGAGGCCACUCGAACUGCUUUAAAAAAAAAAAAUAGAAACACUUGGAGGUUCUUGUUCAGUGAAGGGAACUUGAGCCCUUUAUGUCUUAGGGUUAUUUUGAUUUUCGUUCCUGUGAUCUCUAAAGUAGGCUGCAUGGUCUCACAUCAUAUGAUGAGUUGCUCCAGGUCUAAGAUAUUGGUAAUUUAGUGGUGAACAGACCCUGCUGGACUGCGGCUCUCCAGGCCCUGCUGCAGGGUGCGAUGCCGCACGUACGUUGAGCUGUAGCCAUGCCAAUUACAUGCUCCUGGGAUUUGCCUCCCGGCUGUAUUAUCUUCUGAGGUUCCGCACAACCUUCUGGGCUGCAAAAGAACAGAUAGAAGAUCAUCCCUCACUGAAAGACACACAAAAAUGCAAUGCCAAAACAAUAGCCAAAAUGUGUUCUCGUUUCACUUUUCAGUGUGGAAUCAACCCCUGCUUGGCCCUGUGUUUUCUUUUUCCUUGCUGUGUAUGGAUAUGAACUGCUGGUCUUGUUUGUAUCUCCUGGCUCCGUCAUGAUAGCGAAAGAUUUCAGCAAGGUGUGAAACUAAUUUCUGGAAAAGUUAAAAAAAACAUAGCAUCCCUUUAAACAAAGUCAGGAACUUGCUGCCUACCAAAGUAUUUAGCAGGAUUUGUCUUUUGUGUGUGAAUAAUUUGUGCAUUUCACGAAAAGUUACUUAUUUCCAUGCCUAUACAGCAGUGUUUUUGUGAAGAUUAUUUUAGAUCUACUGGCAGCCCUACAUUUCUGUUUUUAACAUUUUGAAGCAGAAUAAAAUAUUGCGAUACCAUUUAACCUUAGAAGCUAGUACUGCACUUCAAACUGUCCUGCAUAGAUUUUGAGAAUUGUUUACAUUCACAGCCGUUUGUCCUUUUCUGCUGCUGAUCUGUUUUAUCCCUUAUGUAAGAAGUAAAAGGACAGGCUGUGAUGAAUAGAGAAUGAGGAAUGUUAACUGAUUUGGGAGUUUUGCUGAAUUCAGUCCUACACAACAGCAGUACGCUCUAGUGAUGACGCACUUCCAGAUCAGACCCCUAUUCCUUUAAUUCCUUGCGGCGUGCAGUGCAUGAUCUACCCAGAUGCUUUUCUGUUUUUAAGAUCUUAGUUAUUUUUUUAAGUGUGCCAGGAUAAUGCAUUUUUCAAUCUCAGCUGUUCUAUAGAAGACCAAAUCACAGAAACUAUAUUUCAUUGGGGAAAAAAGGCCCUUAUGGCUUGUGAUGAAGAAGGACACAGCAGAAGAACAACCUGCCUGUAUUUCUAAUGUGCCUUGCCACACUUCAAUUCAGACUGCUCCUGGGUGACAUGCAUGGUUUUGUAGAAAAUCCAUAAGGGUGCAUAACCAUUAUUGCUACACACUUUCUCAGUCACGACAGUAGGUGCUUUUCUCAAACUAGCAGUUUAAUCUGAACUGUUUCAUUCCUGCCUGAAAUUGAGAGAAGGCUGGAGCAGAGGGAGGAUGCGUAAGACAAUGACUGAAGCUUUUCUUGGGUGUUUAAUAGUUCAGGAGAAACCUGUUCCCUUCUGGCAUGGCAGUGAUCAUUUUAGUAAGCAACCAGUGACUAUUGCAUAAAUCAGAAUUUUUUUAAUUUGCUUGUCAAGUCACUUAAAUGUCAUUGUAUACUUGUCCUGUUCUGACACAGUGAAACAGUAGAUCUGCAGUCGGAAUGAGCCCAUCCUAAGGAGGACACUGCACAUGAUAAAGUGUUUUUUUUUUUCAUUGAAGUACUGUAUAUGAGUAAUAUCUGGAUUAUUGUAAGAUGGGCCUUUUUUUUCCUAAGUAAAGACCGAAGACUGGGAGCUGCGAGCCAAGUCUUUCUUAAUUGCAAAUAUGAAUGCUUUAAUUGUAGACUGUUAUAGCAAGCAUUGGCCCGAUUAAGUCACUGUUGUUUUAAUAUUAUGUGCAAGUUAUUUUGCAAAUGUUAUUCUCUGCAUGCAGUUUUUUAAACGGUCUUGAAUUUCGAACGAGCGCUUUUUUUUUGUUUCUUUAAAGGGGGAAAGGUUUGCAUUUGCCUUAAGUCUGUCGAGAAAUAUCAUGGAAUGAGGUGGUGUGAGAAAUCAGGCCUUUGGAAAGCCUCAUUGAAAAGUAUCAUUGUACUGUACAACUGGUUACAAACGCUCCAUUUCAGAAUCUGAAACGCCUUUGCUCCAGGUUUUGACUUCUUGUGUGAAAGCAGGCUGCAUUUUGUUGUUCCUUGAUGUGAUUUUGAUGUAGACCCAUUUUCUGACUUGUUUUUGUUCUAGUUUUUACCACUCUAAGGGAGGCUGACUGAAGUGGAGUCAGGUAGUAGAUGAAUCCUCACAAGCCCUGAUGUUUUCUGUAUUCAUGCUGAAGCACUUAUGUUAAGACCUUUCAUUGUAACGUUGCUGCUGGUGACAGGACAACUGUGGGACAGAGAUGAUACAUCUCUCAAGGCCGUCCUGUAUAAACAUUUUAAAUAAAUGUUAGGUUCCUGUGCUUUCUGUAUUUUGUGAUAUCUCUUAACAUACCUCAAACUAAUUGGGAAAAUACUCUUCUGUUAUCAUGUGGAGUGGAAGUCUUUGUUUGGUUCUAAUGACGGGUUAUAAAACGUUUUAAAAAGUGCUGGAACAGUGCAUCUCUUUGAGGGUGCUUAAAUAUAUAAAGUGUUAAAAACCUCGUCCUUAGAAUGCAAUUUUUUUCUUCAUUUUGCAUUUGAAGGAGUUAUGUUUUAAAUUGAUACAUUUUUAUGUGCGCGUUGUUUGUGAAGCAAUAUUGGCGAUUUGAGUUGAAGGUAAAUGUUUGAACAUGCUUUGCUGUCUGUAUUUGGCUGUCAUGGCUUCGAUUCUAUUUAUUCUUAUUAGAAAGACGUAUCCAGUCACUGGUAAGAGGUCAGAAAGAGAAGGUACUAAAUAUUUUACCUAAGGUAAUGCCCAGAAAUGAAUCUGAAGGAAACAACAUUGAAUAGCGAUUAAACCUUUAUCAAUCUAUUGUUGCUUCAUUCCCAUAUUUUUAGUUUUUGUCUGUUCCAUGUAAGAAUUUAAUCGUAAUGCAUUUUUUUUAGGUUUUGCUCGUUUUUUUCUCCAUGUUUUGUCCUCAGGUUUUAAGAAUCUCUGUUAUUUGUAGGUACGUUUUUACGUUUAAGUGAUUUUAAUUUUGAAAGUGAUUUUUCUUCUUUCUUCUUUGACGUCCUGAAAGCACUCAGGAUAGAUUGGGAAAUCGCAAUACUGGGGUGUACCACAAGGUGGCGAAUGGUUGCUUGUAAUUGAACUGUUUGAAUUAUUUUGGAAGUACUGUACAAGGAAGCUAGGAAGGCCUGGUCUCAGUUUAAUUAUACAGAAAAGGUGCUACGUUUUCAAUAAAAAAAAAUCAUUUUCUA